AGGGGUGGGGGAAUAUACCAGAAGGGCAUGCAGCAUGAUGGCCGAUUAGACAGGCAGGUGCCGUAGGAGAAGUGGUGGUCCCCUCUCCACUUUGAGGGGUGUCACCACCAGCUUUGUGAAUAUUUCAGUUCCAGGAAGACAGACACCAUGUCCCUGAGCAGUGCCUUCAGGACCGUGGGCAAUGAUCCUGGGAUCAUCACCUGGAGAAUUGAGAAAAUGGAGCUGGCGCUGGUGCCCCUGAGUGCUCAUGGCAACUUCUAUGAGGGAGACUGCUACAUCGUCCUCUCGACACGGAGAGUGGGCAGUCUUCUGUCCCAGAACAUCCACUUUUGGAUCGGGAAGGACUCUUCCCAGGACGAGCAGGGUUGCGCCGCCAUCUAUACCACGCAGCUGGAUGACUGCCUAGGAGGAAGCCCCGUGCAGCACCGCGAGGUCCAGUACCAUGAGUCUGACACUUUCCGUGGCUACUUCAAGCAGGGCAUCAUUUAUAAAAAGGGGGGUGUGGCCUCCGGGAUGAGGCACGUAGAGACGAACACCUACGCUGUGAAGCGGCUGCUACAUGUGAAGGGGAAAAGAAGCAUCAGGGCCACUGAGGUGGAAAUGAGCUGGGACAGUUUCAACCGAGGUGAUGUCUUCUUACUGGACCUUGGGAUGGUCAUCGUCCAAUGGAAUGGCCCGGAGAGCAACAGCGGGGAACGUCUCAAGGCUAUGCUUCUGGCAAGGGACAUUCGGGACAGGGAGCGAGGGGGCCGUGCUGAAAUCGGGGUGAUUGAGGGAGACAAGGAGGCAGCCAGCCCAGAGCUGAUGACAGUCCUGAAGGACACCCUCGGCCAACGCUCCGUUAUCAAGCCUGCAGUACCUGAUGAGGUCGUGGAUCAGCAGCAGAAAUCAAACAUCAUCUUGUAUCAGGUCUCCGACUCAGCUGGGCAGCUGUCAGUCACAGAGGUGGCAGCAAGGCCUCUGGUCCAGGACCUAUUGAACCACGAUGACUGUUACAUCCUGGACCAAGGCGGAGCCAAGAUCUAUGUGUGGAAAGGCAAAGGAGCCACGAAGGUUGAGAAACAGGCAGCUAUGUCCAAAGCCCUGGAUUUCAUCAAGAUGAAGGGUUACCCCAGCAGCACCAACGUGGAGGCCGUCAACGAUGGCGUGGAGUCAGCCAUGUUCAAGCAGCUGUUCCAGAAAUGGUCAGUGAAGGACCAGACCACAGGCUUGGGGAAAGCGUUCAGCAUCAGUAAAAUUGCUAAACAUUUCCAGGACAAGUUUGAUGUGACCUUGCUACACACCAAGCCAGAAGUGGCUGCUCAGGAGAGGAUGGUGGAUGACGGCAGUGGGAAAGUUGAGGUCUGGAGAAUCGAGAACCUGGAGCUGGUCCCUGUGGAACAUCAGUGGUAUGGCUUCUUCUACGGGGGAGACUGCUAUCUGGUUCUCUACACAUAUGACGUAAACGGGAAACCCCAUUACAUCUUGUACAUCUGGCAGGGCCGCCAUGCCUCCCAGGAUGAGCUGGCAGCCUCGGCCUACCAGGCGGUGGAGGUGGAUCAGCAAUUUGGCGGUGCCCCUGUGCAGGUCCGGGUGAGCAUGGGGAAGGAGCCACGCCACUUCAUGGCCAUCUUCAAAGGCAAGCUGGUUAUCUAUGAGGGCGGGACUUCCAGGAAGGAAAAUGCAGAGCCUGACCCUCCAGUAAGGCUCUUCCAGAUCCAAGGGCACGACAGAACCAACACCAAAGCAGUGGAAGUCUCCGCCUUUGCUGCCUCGCUCAACUCUAAUGACGUCUUUCUGCUGCGAACUCAGGAGGAGCACUACCUGUGGUACGGCAAGGGGUCUAGUGGGGAUGAGCGGGCUAUGGCUAAGGAGCUAGUCCAGCUUCUCUGUGAUGGCAACGCGGACACGGUGGCUGAGGGCCAGGAGCCACCUGAGUUCUGGGACCUUCUGGGAGGAAAAACACCUUAUGCUAAUGACAAAAGGCUGCAGCAAGAAACCCUGGACAUCCAAGUCCGGCUCUUUGAAUGUUCCAAUAAGACUGGCCAGUUCCUUGUUACUGAGGUCACGGACUUCACCCAGGACGACCUGAACCCAGGUGAUGUGAUGCUCCUGGACACCUGGGACCAGGUAUUCCUCUGGAUAGGGGCCGAGGCCAACGCCACAGAGAAGGAGGGGGCCCUGACGACUGCCCGGGAGUACCUGGCAACACACCCCAGUGGCCGAGACCCUGACACACCGAUCCUGAUCAUCAAACAGGGCUUUGAGCCUCCCACCUUCACAGGCUGGUUCCUGGCAUGGGACCCUCACAUCUGGAGUGCAGGAAAAUCAUACGAGCAGUUAAAGAAAGAGCUGGGAGAUGCAGCCGCGAUCGUGCGAAUCACCGCUGACAUGAAGAAUGCCACCUUCUCCCUAAAUUCUAAUGAGAGUGAGCCAAAAUAUUACCCUAUAGAAGUUCUACUGAAAAGUAAGGACCAGGAGCUGCCUGAGGAUGUGAACCCCGCCAAAAAGGAGAACUACCUCUCGGAAAAAGACUUUGUGUCUGUUUUUGGCGUCACAAGAGGGCAAUUUAUGGCUCUGCCUGGUUGGAAGCAGCUCCAGCUCAAGAAAGAGAGGGGCCUUUUCUAACACCAGGCACCUGUCUGCCGUCCCACCACGGGAGAGCGCAAGCACACAGUGCCAACAUCGCCCAAGAACCCACCUGCCAACUGCACCCGACAUGCAGCUGCUUUAGAUACAGGAGACCUGAAGACCAUAGUGUGUUCCUCUUCGCCGUCCAUCCUGGCAUUGCUUGGUUGACGCACACGCGAAGCUGACUGUUGUUUUUACCUUUCGUGGCCCUUUAGCCAAAGCCUUAGCAGAAAGCAUGAUCAAGAGAGGUGGAGGGAAUCCGAAGACUAAGCUUACAACAUUUAGUGCAUCAGGACUCACCUUUGCUUUAAGCUGCACCCUGUAACCCCCGGAGCACUAGUUACUUGCACACUCACUGAAGGCCGGACUCCCAGUGCCCAGGCCUGCCAUGUGCCACAGCAUGGUCAGCUUUUCAAAUAAAGAGGCCACAUGAGCACAUGGGCUUUCCUGCCAGUCUUCAGAUUCCUUCUCAUGGGGACUUUAGUUAUUAUGGUGCUGAGGAAGCAGAGGGGCAGUGUUGAAGCUGGGCCUGGCUCACAAGCCUGUAACCCCAGCUGCCAACUGCUGGGGUAGUAACACAGCGAGCUCAAGGCCAAGCUGACGGACUUAGAAGACUCUGCCUCAAUUUUCUAUUUUAAAGCACAAUGUAGGGCAGGAGAGAUGGCUCAGAGGUUAAGAGCACUUGAUAUUCUUGAGAGGACCAGGUUCAGCUCCCAGGCCCCACAUGGUGGAUCUCUGUGAGAUUAAGGCAAGUAUGGUCUACAGAGUGAGUUCCAGAACAGACAAGGCUACACAGAGAAGGCCUAUCUUGAAAAACCAAAUAG